AAAAGCCAUCAGUUUUGAAUGUCGUGCCUACUCAGUCACUUUCUGAUUGUCUUGGGUGUAUGAAUUUAAUCAAUGCUACCAUAUUAGUUUGAGUCCUCUGGUUCUAUAAAUGGGCCAACAGUGAUAUUCUGCAGAAUAACUACAUGAUUGAGAUGAAUCGAAGAAACACACGCCGUAAUCAAUUCUGUUAUUAUUUACUUACGCACGAACUAUUGUGUAAUAAUUGUGUAAUACUCUAAAACAUUAAUUUACAAUGAUUGAAAGUAGCUACAAAAUUAGACUGAUUUUAUAUAUUAUAUUAUCUUAUAACAUAAGUAAUAAAUAAAUAUGAAAAACUAAUUGUUUCGUUGAUUUCAGCGUCACCGACACCAAUUUUGGUUUCCGAGUACUCCAGGUCAAGUUUGCCUGUUAUAAUUUCAAUUGUACGAAAACUAUAAUAAUUUACACUUUGAUAUAUUCUGUUGUCUCGAAGAUAUAUUGACACAUUUCAUGAUUGUGUAUACGCGAUGCUGGUAUUGGUUUAUAAUAUGUCUUUCAAAAAUAAUCAUCCAAAUAUAUUAAAAGAAAUUCAAUGAGCAUUCUAUUGCGCAAGGUAUGUUUAUACCAGAUGCAUUAAGAAGCUGUAUGAUCGAGACGGACGUAUCCUCAUAUUUACAAACAUCUUCAACAGGACAGGAUGAAUUUCACCCCUUUAUUGAGGCAUUAUUACCAUACGUCAAAUCAUUCUCGUACUCUUGGUUUAACUUGCAAGCUGCUAAGCGAAAAUAUUAUAAAAAACAUGAAAAGCGAAUGUCAUUAGAAGAAGAAAGGCAUUGUAAAGAUGAGUUACAGAAUGAAAAAAUUGAAGUAAAACAGAAAUGGGCUUCUCGACUUUUAGGCAAACUGAGAAAGGAUAUAACACAAGAAAGUCGCGAGGAUUUUGUUCAAUCAAUUAUCGGCAAACGAAAAUCGAUUUGUGUUCUCUCGAAUCCCGAUCAAAAAGGCAAAAUGCGGCGUAUCGAUUGCUUGAGACAAGCUGACAAAGUCUGGCGACUUGAUCUUGUUAUGGUAACUUUUAAAGCUAUACCAUUGGAGAGUACUGAUGGAGAACGAUGAAAAAAUCCAGAAUGUCUUCAUCCUGGCCUUUGUGUAAAUCCUUACCACAUAAACGUGUCUGUGAGAGAAUUAGAUUUAUAUUUGGCUAAUUUUAUCAAUACGCAUAACUCAUCGGCAAUAACAGCUAGAUCGCCGCACAUUACGAAUUUUAAUCAGAAUCGAAGCAACAAUAGCAAUUCACUAAUUUCUGAUAGAGAGGAUGAGAAUGGGGAAGACACAGAAUCAAAAACUAGAGGAGGAUUACGACAUAAUCCAUACAAUGGAGUUGUGUGCAAUGAUAUUAUUCUAGCAACUGGAGUAUUUUCAUCUCAAGAGCUGUGGAAAUUAUCUAAAGACUCAAUAUUAGAUGAAAUCAGUAACAACAAUUUGCACACCAAUAUUAUCAAAAGGGAAAAUAUAGCAGCGGCUUUUGACUGCAAUACAUAUCAACUUACUCCAAAUUCCCCAAUAGCCAGUUCUCAGAGCCAAGUUCAGGCUAACUCCGCCACCACAACCGCAAUUCCAGGGCUUACAGCAGUUAUUGACUUUGUCGAUCAAAAUCAUAGAAAUGUGCAUUUGUCGCAGUCGCCUUUGUUGCGGUCUGAUGCACCUAAUGGAUCCACUGAUGUAAUCAAUAAGAUCAAUCACGCUGCGUCACCACCAGUUAUUUCUCGAUCUAGCUCAGCUACGGAUAACUAUACAACGGGAAGCUUCUCUGUAAUACUUCGAUCGGCUGACAGCAUUAAUUCCAUUGCUGAUCCAGCUACUGUUACAGCUGAUUCUGCCGCUAUUUCGGUGCAUCGAUACACACCUGUAAAUAACAAACCUCCAAUUGCAACCGUGAAUUCACAAAUUCGAACACCAGAAGUGAAUACAGCAAUUUUGCAUCAUAACUGCACAGCACUGAUUGCCAGCUCUGUUAGCCCAGUGAAUACUCUAUAUUAUCCACAGCAUAGCAGCCCUCGGGUGUUGGCUCCCACGCAUACAUCAACUUUGGAUCAGGAGCAGGGUCAAUCUCAGUCCCAAUCGGAGCAGCAACAUGGUGAAAAGUUCUCAACUGAAGUUCAUGAUAUUUCUGAUUUUGUAACAUAUGUUUGUCAAGAAAGUGGACAUGCAUCAAGUAUUCAAUCGACAUCUGGUUCAGUAGAGGCUUUUUCGCAUGCUCACUCCCACUCGCAUCAACUAGCUGCUCUCCCUCACUAUCAAAUUCAUCAACAGCUGAGAAGCUCUAAAUUGACUGGCGUUGGCGUUCAAUCACCUCAUUACCACAGUGCAAUGCCCCCGAUGUUGCCUCCGAUGGCACGGCCAGUGGCCAUCAUACGAACUAGUGGGGAUUUAGCAACGUUACAAUCACCUCCAUCGUCAUCCAGUUUAGGAUUAACUAAUGGUUGUGACCUACCAGCCAAAGGAAAUCUAAUCGUUCAGGAUAGAAGAAAUGUGAGUGCAAUGGAGAGCAAUAAUCAUAGUCCAAAUAACGCUGAUGUGGAUCCAAAUGCUGCUGAUUGCACAACCCUUGUUACACGAGCAUCGCCCCAGCCUCAAUCUCCUGCAAGUCCUCAUGUGUCUACAGAAGUGACACGAUGUAAAAUGCAUCCAAUUGCAUCAAACUCACUAACUCGAAUGGCAACGCAAAUGUAUCCGUCAACGAACAGUCGGGAUUACUUUAAUCAUUUUCAUAGUCAAUCAACUUCGCUACUGGGUUAUGCUGGAUCAAUUUCAACAAUGUCAGGUGUUAUAAGUCCAACUAAUUUGAGUCUAUACUCAACACCGGCAAUGACUGUGACUUCUGCACACCGUCCAAAUGGAAGACCGCGCUGGAACACUACACUAUCUGAAGAUGAUUUCAAUAUUAUUCACUCCGUGGUCAAUACAAAUGCAGAAAAUGCUCAGGUUAUAUUAAUGGAUGAUUCCACAGGACGUUUUUCCGAUGACUACUCCGCGAAUCCGAAUCGUGAUUUUGUAUCAUGAAUCAAUAGGGAUAUAAUAAUAUAAUGUGGAAAAGGUUUGGGUUUCCAUUUAUUGUAUACUGAUAACAUUGCGAAUUCAGCUUAUUUAAUAAGAAUAUUGUAUAAGUUUGCAUAGUUUCCAGAUCGCUUUACGGAAUUAUAACUCCGCACAGUCGUGAGUAAUUUUGUGUUACCCUUGCUUUUUGUUGUAUAGAUGUAUUUUCCAUAAGAAUAUCUGAUAGUGCAAAUACUUAGUAUUGUAAAUAUGGGUUGUAUAAUUUAUCAUUGGUCAGAUAAUAUGCAUACCCAUAAGAUCUUAAUAUAUUUCUUUAUCUUAAGUCUCUAAAGUAAAUGUGCAUAUUUAUAAACAUGUCAUCCAUGUUUGUAUAUUUCCACAUUUUCAUUUUAUUCAGUACCGAAUUAAAUUCAUAUAAUGAAUGAAUUCAUGUAAUAUAUGACUGAUAGGGCCUAACUCAUAACAAAUAUAUUCUAAAAUUUUAAAUUUAAUUUUAUUUUAACUGUAACAUAUAUGCAUACAUUGGACUUAGUUUUUCCCAUUUAAAUGGAAUUUGAAUUGAGUUAGUUUUGAUGUUAUCUAAUAUACGAUCCUCUUCAUUGACAAAAUUAGUUUCUUAUAAAUAAAUAAUUAAAUGUUUACAAACAAUAGUCAUAUUGCAAUAAUAUGAAAUGAUAAAAUAAUAUAUAUAUAGAUAUAUACAAUAAUAUAAUAUAAAACUGUGAGAACUAAAAUGAAGUAACUUUAAAGACUUAUAAGAUUAUAAUUAUGUAUGUAGAUGGGGAAAACUUUUAUUCAAUUGUGACAAUACUGAAAGUCCCAAAUGUGACAAAUAUGCAUUGAUUAAUUUCUAUAUGUAUAUACAUAUAUAUGAUUAGAAUAUUGUUAAAAAAAUAUUUGAAGUGAUUUUAUGAUCAACAGUGGUUAAUUGAUUGAACUCAUUACAAAUAUUAGAUUUUCUAAUUCAAAAAAGUAUUUUUCAUAGAUAAAAUUAAAACAAAACUUUAAUUAAUUAACUCAUAUUGUGUAAAAAUGUCUUAUACAUUUGGACAUACGUAUGUACUAUGUAAUUAUUGCUGAGUUCAAGCUACUUAACUUAAGAAUGGAUGUUUUUCGGUUUUGGCGAGUCUUCCAAUUAAUAAAGUGGUAUAAUAAUAUUAUUACUCAGUACAAUAAUAGGUAUAAGACAACGGCAACCGGCAUGUGAAAAAUUAAAGCAAUACUAAAUGUAAAUUUAAGAAUUGGCUGUGAACAUAAUUUAUAAUUGCUGAUUAGUCAAAAUUCAUACGCCUCCGAAAAUGUACUUCAGUUUGUAUAUACAUACAUAGAUAUGUAGUUAAAAAAAAGUGAGUGCUUUUAUUUACUCAGUAACUAAAUUUAUUCGUUAAUUUACAAGCAAGUACAUAAAAAAUAAAUUAAAUUGAAAA